AUGCUUGACGACGAUAUGGAUUCGGCCUUGAAGUCGCGGAACAUCAAACAUGAAUCGACAAUGGGCACCUAUGAUCUGCAACUGCUUAUGUAAAG